AUGGAGGUACCGCCGGUGCGAAGCGAUCCAAUGGAUUUAGAUCCAAAAAUUGGCGAGGUGAGUCAGCAAAGACCUGUUCUUGGACCACCCCGGCAAAGCUCACGCAAUCCCAAGAUAUGUGCAAGCUGCAACGAGGUUAUUAUCCGCGGAUCUUUAAAGGCACUUGGGAAGUAUUAUCACGAACACUGCUUUGUGUGCUACGAUUGUGGUAAAGUCUGCAAACCAAAGUACUUCCCAUUUGAAGAUCUAGAAACAAAACAGCUCAUCCCGUUGUGCCAGCAGGAUUAUUUCAAGCGGAACAAUCUGCUAUGCCAUGUAUGUGGGCAUGCGCUUCGAGGAGUUUACUACAAUGCAUUUGGAAAACUAUAUGACGAGGAGCACUUCUGCUGUAAAAUCUGCAAGGAGAGGUGUGGCGUAAACACCUGUUUCAAUUACAAAGACGAUCUUUACUGCAAAUUUCAUUUCCUCAAGUACUUUUCAAACCGCUGUAAGGGCUGUAACUAUCCAAUAUCAGACCAAUAUAUUGAAUUUCCUCGUGGAGAAGAGGUUCAUCGCUGGCAUCCAGAAUGCUAUGGUGUUCACAAAUACUGGCAUGUUAAUUUACCUCCAGAAGCGGUGGGUCUACCACAAAUAGAAGCUGCCGAUCCCAAUAACAUUUCCAAGUCUGAGAAGCAUGGUAUUACUCGUGGAGACCUUGAAAAGUACGUUCUUUCUUUCGGAAAGUUAGUUUCCAAGACAUGGUCUGUGCUUUAUCGAUUCGAAGAAGAGACAGCCGUUUGCAUAUCUGACAUGUUUCAGUAUCUGACAAGUUUCGAUCAGUUAAAAGGCCUCAACUCUGCUGCACUUUUUGUGCUCAAAAUUGAGUGCCAAUUCAAAGCCCUAGAUUCUUUAGAAUCUCUUUUCGCUCACAGCACGUUUAAUGGCGUGGAGACCCAAAGUGGUACAAUUAAUCAGGAGCAAACUCUAAAUCCAGCGGAUCUUGGCUCAGGUUCACAAAUAAAAUAUGCGAAGCUACCCCGCAACCUGUCUACAAAAGUCAUGAUAUAUCUACAACUUCUGCGAAAGCUAAGCUCUGCUUCGAAAGAGAGGGAUGUGAGCGUGGCAUCUCUCAUGUCAGUGAUAACUGGUGUGGCUCAUUUUCUAAAGUUGCUGGUGCGAUAUGGGUUACAGAUUGCUCUCGAUAGAAACAAGUCGGCACAUUCGGCCAAUGCCCUGAUCAAGUAUCUGCGAGAAAUCGAAAAGAACGAAAUAAUUGAAGGUGAGCCUUUCAGAUUCAUUAAUGUGGGGAUUGACGCAACUGAUUGCUGCCCGGUGUGCGGUAAAUACAUUCAAGAGGAGUGCAUACAAUUCAAAAACAUAAGGUGGCACAAAAACUGUUUCCAAUGUUCUGCUUGUCGAAAAGAUAUCGACUCAUUUGGGGUGGCUGACGCAGCAUUCAACAGCAAGACAAAAUCGGUGUUGUGUGCCCAAUGUGCGGUAGGGGAUCCCGAGUCAUCCACAGGCUUCUCUCCUGUCACAAAAUUGUCACAGCUAAUAUUUUUGUUGAAGAUCGCUCUUGUCCGGUCUAAAGCUGUGAUGGAAAUUCAACUCAAAAAUAGAGAAGCGCUUCAACGUUCAAACAGUAUCAAAGAAUCGAUCUCCAUGCAACAAACUUACAUCAGAACACUUAAUGAUAUUAAAAGGUUAAAGUCUAGAAGACAGAGUGUACCAUUAACAACUACCAAUAAACAAGAAGCACGCCGGUCGCGCAUUCUUGAGACGUCAGAGAUAGACGUUAAAGAAAAUGUUCCGGAGGAAAAAUGCCUAGUUAUUCAAACGGAUAAGAGUACAGGGCGGGACUCUGAAAAUCAAAACAUGUUUAAUAGCACGAAGACUUUGACUCUGGAUGAUAUUUCCCGUAUUGUGGCAGCUGAACAAGCGCGGGAACUAAGGCCUAACGCAUUCACACAUUUCAAAAAAUUGAAAGAUAAUGAUGAGGAGGAAAUUAAUCUUGUCAACAACAAAAGUGGGAUAUACUUUUCCGAGUUGAAAUCCGAAGACCAAUAUCUUAUCAAGUUGAUCACUCUUUCAUUAAUAGCUUCUCAUGCAGGAAGUGUCAUUGGCGACAUGUCGGUGGUCAACGAGCUCGUUCCACAACCACCUCAAAAGAACCCAAAAAAUAGUAACAACUUUUGGUACAAGAUGAAGACAAUGAUGAGCAAGGAAGGUAAAAAGCAAUCAGCGGCUGGUGUAUUCGCUACACCCUUAGAACUGUUGACUGUUCAAUGGGGUAUAGACUCUGACUUGGGGAUAGGCCCCGCAAAAAUUAAAAUACCUAUAAUUGUUGAUGAGCUAAUAUCUUCUUUGAGACAACUUGAUAUGUCAGUUGAGGGUGUCUUCAGAAAAAACGGUAAUAUCCGCAAACUGCGAGAACUGUCCACUGCUAUCGACGAAAGUCCUUCGGAGGUCCCUGAUUUAUCUAAAGAAAACGCUGUUCAGCUUUCGGCGCUGCUGAAAAAGUUUUUGAGAGAGCUUCCAGAUCCGCUACUGACGUCAAAAUUGUACGACUUAUGGAUUCAGGUAGCAAAGGUUGAGUCGGACUUGGAACGGCACAAGUACUUCGGGUUACUGUACGCAUUAUUGCCCACUUUCAACCGUAAUGUAGCGGAAGUGCUCUUUUCAUUUUUGCACUGGACGUCAUCUUUUUCCCACAUCGAUUCUCAGAUGGGCUCUAAGAUGGACAUUCAUAAUCUAUCCACAGUCAUGGCACCAAACAUCCUGUAUCAGCAAGGUACCACAAGUACUCAACCUACGGUACACGGUGGUGCAAUUCACAACACGUACAAUGAUGCCUUUGCUCAGAACGAGGGCGAAAAUUACUUCCUCGCUAUUGAAGUUAUUGACUAUCUUAUCAACCAUAAUGAAGACCUUGCAGUUGUUCCAAAGUAUAUGGUUGCACUUCUCGAAGCGGUUAAAAGAGAGCAAGCAAUAGAUUUCGAAACAGUCAAAAAAAUCGUAGCACACCAGAGUACGUCCAACGGCUCAAAUUUCAAGGACUACGGAUUGGUCGAACCUGUGAAAAUGAAGGAGUCAGCGUCUGUCGCGAAGGUUGAGUACAAAGCGAGGGAAUCUACAUGA